GAAGGACACAGUGAGGUUCUCACCCCCGCCCUCCGCCCCGCGCUCCCAUCCCAAGUUCCAUCAAAGCGAACCCGGGCCAGCGCAAGGAUCUUCGAGUUGCGAGUGUGCUGAGGCUGGGACUGUCACUCAUUCUCCCCUCAGCGCGUGAACGCAGCUCGGCAGCCGCUGGCAGGAAACAAUUCUGCAAAAAUAAUCAUACUCAGCCUGGCAAUUGUCUGCCUCUAGGUCUGUUGCUCUACCGCCGUCCACACUCGCUGCAAGGAGCCUGGGCACAGAAUUUACCGCGGCAAGAACACCCUUCCCGGCCAGCAGAUUACAAUGCUGCAAACUAUGGAUCUCAUCUGGACUUUGUUUUUCCUGGGAACUGCAGUUUCUCUGCAGGUGGAUAUUGUUCCCAGCCAGGGGGAAAUCAGCGUUGGAGAAUCCAAAUUCUUCUUAUGCCAAGUGGCAGGGGAUGCCAAAGAUAAAGACAUCUCCUGGUUCUCCCCCAACGGAGAAAAGCUCACCCCGAACCAGCAGCGGAUCUCAGUGGUAUGGAAUGACGACUCUUCUUCCACCCUCACCAUCUACAAUGCUGACAUUGACGAUGCCGGCAUUUACAAGUGUGUGGUCACUGGCGAGGACGGCAGUGAGUCAGAGGCCACAGUCAACGUGAAGAUCUUCCAAAAGCUCAUGUUCAAGAAUGCACCAACUCCCCAGGAGUUCAGAGAGGGGGAAGAUGCAGUGAUCGUGUGUGAUGUGGUCAGCUCUCUACCCCCAACCAUCAUCUGGAAACACAAAGGUCGAGAUGUCAUCCUGAAAAAAGAUGUCCGAUUCAUAGUCCUGUCCAACAACUACCUGCAGAUUCGGAACAUCAAGAAAACAGAUGAGGGUACUUACCGAUGUGAGGGCAGGAUCCUGGCACGGGGGGAGAUCAACUUCAAGGACAUUCAGGUCAUUGUGAAUGUACCGCCCACCGUCCAGGCCAGACAAAGCAUCGUGAAUGCCACCGCCAACCUCGGCCAGUCCGUCACCCUGGUGUGUGACGCUGAAGGCUUCCCGGAGCCCACCAUGAGCUGGACAAAGGACGGGGAUCUGAUAGAGAAUGAGGAAGAUGAGAAGUACGUCUUUAGUGAUGACAGUUCGGAGCUGACCAUCAGGAAGGUGGAUAAGAACGACGAGGCUGAGUAUGUCUGCAUCGCUGAGAACAAGGCUGGAGAGCAGGAUGCGUCCAUCCACCUCAAAGUUUUUGCAAAACCCAAAAUCACUUAUGUAGAGAACCAGACCGCCAUGGAACUAGAGGAGCAGGUCACUCUUACCUGUGAAGCUUCGGGAGACCCCAUCCCCUCUAUCACCUGGAGAACUUCCACCCGAAACAUCAGCAGCGAAGAAAAGGCUUCGUGGACUCGACCAGAGAAGCAAGAGACUCUGGAUGGGCACAUGGUGGUGCGCAGCCACGCCCGCGUGUCCUCCCUGACCCUGAAGAGCAUCCAGUACACAGACGCUGGAGAGUACAUCUGCACCGCCAGCAACACUAUCGGCCAGGACUCCCAGUCCAUGUACCUUGAAGUGCAAUAUGCCCCCAAGCUGCAGGGCCCCGUGGCUGUGUACACCUGGGAGGGGAACCAGGUGAACAUCACCUGCGAGGUGUUUGCCUACCCCAGUGCCACAAUCUCAUGGUUCCGAGAUGGUCAGCUGCUGCCAAGCUCCAACUACAGCAAUAUCAAGAUCUACAACAGCCCCUCUGCCAGCUACCUGGAGGUGACCCCGGACUCUGAAAAUGAUUUUGGAAACUACAACUGCACCGCCGUGAACCGCAUUGGACAGGAGUCUCUGGAAUUCAUCCUUGUCCAAGCAGACACCCCAUCCUCACCAUCCAUCGACCUGGUGGAGCCAUACUCGAGCACAGCACAGGUGCAGUUUGAUGAGCCAGAGGCCACAGGUGGGGUGCCCAUCCUCAAAUACAAGGCUGAGUGGAAAGCAGUGGGCGAGGAAAUGUGGCACUUCAAGUGGUACGAUGCCAAGGAAGCCAGCAUGGAGGGCAUCGUCACCAUCAUGGGCCUGAAGCCUGAGACGACAUACACAGUGCGACUGGCAGCCCUCAACGGCAAGGGUUUGGGCGAGAUCAGCACGGCCUCUGAGUUCAAGACGCAGCCAGUCCGGGAACCCAGCGCUCCUAAGCUCGAAGGGCAGAUGGGAGAGGAUGGCAACUCCAUCAAGGUGAACCUGAUCAAGCAGGACGACGGCGGCUCCCCCAUCAGACACUACCUGGUCAAGUACCGCACGAAACUCUCUUCCGAGUGGAAACCAGAGAUCAGGCUCCCUUCUGGCAGUGACCACAUCAUGCUCAAGUCCCUAGACUGGAAUGCUGAGUAUGAGGUCUACGUGGUGGCUGAGAACCAGCAGGGGAAGUCCAAGGCAGCUCGUUUUGUGUUCAGGACCUCGGCGCAGCCCACAGCCAUCCCAGCCAAUGGCAGCCCCACCGCAGGCCUGAGCACCGGGGCCAUCGUGGGCAUCCUCAUUGUCACCUUUGUCCUGCUCCUGGUGGUUGUCGACAUCACCUGCUACUUCCUGAACAAGUGUGGCCUGCUCAUGUGCAUCGCCGUCAACCUGUGUGGAAAGGCGGGGCCAGGCGCCAAGGGCAAGGACAUGGAGGAGGGCAAAGCCGCCUUCUCGAAAGAUGAGUCCAAGGAGCCCAUCGUGGAGGUGCGCACUGAGGAGGAGCGGACCCCAAAUCACGACGGAGGGAAGCACACAGAGCCCAACGAGACCACGCCGCUGACUGAGCCCGAGCUGCCUGCUGACACCACAGCCACUGUCGAGGACAUGCUGCCUUCUGUCACCACCGUCACCGCUAACUCUGACACUAUCACCGACACCUUUGCCACUGCUCAGAACAGCCCCACCAGUGAAACCACCACCCUGACCUCCAGUAUUGCCCCCCCAGCCACGGCCACGCCCGACUCAAACUCUGUGCCCGCCAGCCAGGCCACCCCUUCCAAGGGGCCCGGAGUGGCCACCUCCUCCCCACCCCCAGCUUCAGCCCCCAAGGUGGCCCCCCUCGUUGACCUGAGCGACACCCCGACCUCAGUCCCUGCCACCAGCAAUUUGUCUUCUAGUGUCCUGGCUAACCAGGGGGCUGUGCUCAGCCCCAGCACCCCUGCCAGUGUGGGGGAGGCCUCCAAGGCCUCCCCAGUGAGCAAACCAGCCCCUGCUCCAGCCCCCACCUCAGCCGGGGCAGCCAGUCCCCUAGCAGCAGCAGCUGCCCCUGCCAUAGAAGCCCCCCAGGUCAAGCAGGAGGCUCCCAGCAUCAAAGGCCCGGACCCCGAGCCCACCCAGCCCGGUGCUGUGAAGAGCCCAAGCGAGGCAGCCACGGUCCUCACUAGCCCGAAGAGCGAGGCUGCCUCCGUCAACGCCACACACCCUGCCCAGGGCGAGGACUUUAAAAUGGACGAAGGGAACUUCAAGACCCCAGAUAUUGACCUUGCAAAGGAUGUUUUUGCAGCCCUGGGCUCUCCUGCUCCCGCCGCUGGGGCCAGUGGACAAGCCCCUGAGCUUGCUCCUUCCACUGCAGACAGCUCUGUCUCGCCUGCACCAGCAAAGACCGAGAAGGGCCCUGUAGAAGCAAAGUCGGAGUGCCAGGAGACAGAAACGAAGCCAGCACCAGCCGAAGCGAAGACGGUCCCCAACGAUGCCACACAGACAAAGGAGAACGAGAGCAAAGCAUGAUGGGUGAUGACAGCCAAGCAAAGAUCAAAAUUAAAAGUGACACCACAGCUUCACCAGAGCAUUUCCAAUAUCACACACACACACACAGACACACACACACACACACACACACACAUCUCACCCCUCUAGUGUCUUUUGCCUUUAAAACAAAACUAAACAUAAACAUGGGAUCGCCUUUUUGUAGGUUUAUAGAAAGGGUUCCUUUGUUACGCACUCACUUGUAAGAAAAUGAGACAAAAAGGUUAACCCCACAGCCAAACUAGGACACUCCGUUCCCUGAAACCAUUUAAAAAUCAAACAAAAAGACCCCAAAUUAAGAAUCUAGGAAGCUCAGAAAAAAAAAAAAUCUAGGCUCAGAAAGACCGCACUUGGCAUUGCCCAAUUGGCACAGAGCAGUCUCAGAGAGAAACACUUCCAGGCACUAUAACUAACCGAUGAACAAAGUCCAAGUUUAUUUUUAUACUCUCAGUCGAGUUCGAAUUCUGUAAAAACCUCAUAAGUAAGUUAUCAUUUCUGUUCACUUUGUAUUUGUUCAAUAUGCAAAGUGUGUCACCCCUUCUAGCUGACUUCAGUUCCCACGUAGACUCUGGUUCCGUAGGAAGAAUGCCAAAUUGCAGCUUCUGGGGCUAGAUCUCAAUUUGCAGUAUUCAGACUUCUUUUUUUCUUUUCUUUUCUUUUCAUUCUUUUAUUUUCCUUUCUGCCAACUUUGCUUUCCAGUGUUUACAAGUUGACAAAUGUUUAACUUCAAUGGCAUUUCAAUGUCCAUGUAAAGUAGUUGCUUUUUUUUUUUUUUAAGUUCCAAAUACCACCUAGGUGGGAGGAUCACCGCAGGCCUGCUUUAGCACAGAAACGUCACCCCCAUGACUGUUUACAGGGGUAAUCCCCUAUUGAGUUGAAGUUUUCGCCUGCAUCCAACUCAGGUGAAAAUCCAUCUCAUUCCGGACUGGUUUUGCUUUUUGGUUCUUGGUUCCUUUUGUGUUUCCCUGCGGGUAGACCGCUUUCUAGCAGCAGUCGCCUGGCCUGCGGUGUCUGGGAGAAGGGCUCUGCUCCCAGCGUCCUGCCCUUCCUCUUGAAAGGUUCCUUAGGCUUUGUUGACCGAGCAGAGAAGACUGUAUAGCUGUGGCUGGUCUUGGUGAAACACGUUUUGACCCCAAACAUCCCCCUUCUGUAGAAAGCCAAAUAAAAUAUAUACAUACAAUUCUUUUUGAGCCCAGAAUCUAGAUUUGAGCGAAAGAACACGUGUGCUUCAGGGAAUGAGUGUCUUUUUUUGGAAAUCUGUUGAAGUAAAGGAACAUCGGCCUUCUGUUCACUUAGGCAGCAUUUGUAGGAACAAAAGAAAAAAACAAACAACAACAAAAAACCCCAACCUGCUGUCUGGAGUCAUAACACAACUUUCCUGGAUUGGAAACAAAGUGGGGGAGAAAUACAGAAACUUUACGGGGAUGGGAGGGGGGGAGAAGGGAAAAGCCAGCCCUUUGUAUAGACAUUUUGCUUUUUUUCUCAUUCUACUUUAGAACUGCAAGCUUGUGCACUGUGGACGCGUGAAUAUUUUAGUGUGAAACGUGUUUUGUCAUAGUAUUGAAAUAAAACUUCAACAUAGUUUGGUUGUGGAAGGUAUAGCAGAUAGUUCAGAAAAAAAAAAUAUUCAGGAAAGAAAAUUUACUCUUAAAAGGAAUUGAAGCCUUUAAACAAAGAAAAUGAAUAAAAAUGAUUUUGAU